AUGCGUGCCACAAUAGAACACUACGGUGAAUUCGCGAAGUUGCCGCCGGUUGAAGUUUUGGCGACUCUUGGCAACGAAGAUUUAACGAUCAGGCUAAGUGAUACCGGGGGCGGAAUUUCAAGGAAUGCCAUCGAUCAAAUAUUUCGAUACACUUAUACUACAGCACCACCGCCCGAUAUGGCCGGUUAUAAUGCACCACUAGCUGGAUUGGGCUAUGGUCUCCCAUUGUCACGUUUGUACGCCCGUUAUUUCCACGGCGAUUUGACGGUGAUUUCAAUGGAAGGCUAUGGCACCGAAGCAUUCCUCUAUGUUAAGGCUUUACCCUACAAAGCCAGUGAAAAACUGCCGACGUACAGUACAUCAUCACAUCGCAAUUUAACGAUGAGUCGCCAAGCUGCUGACUGGGCCUAUGGUUUCCCGGACACGCACGACAAGAAUAAAUAA